AUGCCACGUCCAGGGAGAAACACCUACAGUGACCAGAAGCCACCUUACUCAUACAUCUCUCUCACUGCCAUGGCUAUACAGAGCUGCCCGGAGAAGAUGCUUCCUCUCAGCGAAAUAUACAAGUUCAUCAUGGACAGAUUUCCCUAUUACAGAGAAAACACACAACGAUGGCAAAAUUCAUUGCGACACAAUCUUUCUUUCAACGAUUGUUUCAUCAAAAUCCCACGUCGACCAGACCAACCGGGUAAGGGAAGUUUUUGGGCUCUUCAUCCCAGUUGCGGCGACAUGUUUGAGAAUGGAAGUUUCUUGAGACGCCGCAAACGUUUCAAGGUAAUGAUGAUGGCAUCAGAUCAUUUGGCAGCUAGUAAGCAAUCAGAUGCUGCUCAUUAUCUUCAACAGCAAGCUAAACUGAGACUCAGUGCGUUAGCUGCCACGGGCACACAUCUUCCACAAAUGUCCAGCUAUAACAUAGGAGUCUCACAACCAUCAACUUUUAAGCACCCGUUUGCUAUUGAGAACAUCAUUGCCAGAGAGUACAAGGUGCCAGGCAGUCUUGCAUUUUCUACCAUGCAGACCAUGUCAGCUGGGUAUCCUCUCCACAAUCAGUUGACUACAGCGUGGCCCCAUAUGUACAAUCCCGGCGUGAUAGACACAGCCUCUCCUAUUUCCAUGGCGAGUGAUUACAGUGCUUAUGGCGUCCCAAUAAAGUCCCUCUGUCACGGAGGACAGACUUUACCAGCGAUUCCUGUGCCAUUAAAACCUACACCGACCUCAGUGUCUGGUUUCUCUGCGCUUCCUGCGCACAUCCCCGCAUUCUUAUCAAACUCUCCGCAGUCUCUAAGCCCGACCUCACCUCAGACAGCGACGAGCCAAAGCAGCCCAUCUACGCCCAGUGACACCCUCACAAACCCCUCCAGUCUGCAGCCAGUGGCUGUGCACUGACAACCUUCACGGUUUUUCGAUUUUUUAAGCUAAUGAACUCGAUUGCAGGUUCUUGCCAAAUCCAAAGUUUAUUUUCUUGCCACAGACAAACAGAAAAACAUAGUCCAUAGCUACAAUCACGGCAAGCAAAGUCAAUGUUGUAAAUGCAAUUUUGUGUAAUGUUUUGCGUUUAAGGAUAAAUGUCUUAUAACAUGGGUCCAGAUCAGAUAUUGUGAAAUCUUGCUCUUCAAUUGAUAAA